AUGGAGGUGAGUUCGAGAAUAGCAAAAACAUUUAAAAGAUUUACAAUACCCCGAAGUACUUCAUCUAUUGGUGCGUUUACAACAUCAAAUGGUACAGCAACAAAUAUAGAACAAAAUACAGAAGAAAUAACACCACCAUCAUCAUCAUCACAUCAUAAACAUCCUCCACUUUCUUAUACUCAACAUAUUCGAUCAAUACAACAACAUCAUUCACAAGAAAAUUUAAAUACAUCAAAUCUUUCACAACAAAAAAAUCCUUAUUUAUCUACUCGACCAGUAAGUGGUGAUAUAUCAUCAUUUAUGAUGAAUUCAUCAUCAACAGAUAUAAAUUCAUCAACAAAUGAAAAUACAACAAAAAAAAGCAAAAUGAAUAAAGCUAAUAAAAAAUCUUCAAAUAUACGUGAUAUUAAUUUUAAACAUAUAAACGAUGUACCUCUUGAUAAUAAUUGUGAUACAACAAUAAAAACAAAUGAAAAACAACGUUCAUCAAUUAAAUCUUUAUUAACAAAAAAAUUUCAACCAUUAGCAGUAUCAUCAUCUAUUAAUAUAAAUGCUAAACCAAAAAAACCACGUAAUUCAUUUCGACAAUUUUCUCAUUUUCUUAAACGAAGUCAUAGUACAAAUACAGAUCUAUCAACAAUAGCAAAACCAAAUAAUCAACAUAAUUCAUUUAAUGGUGAUUUUAUUCAUUCACAUUUACAAACUAAAAUUGCCAAUCCAUCUGAUGCAACAUAUACAACAAAUAUAAGCGCAAGUCUUACAUGUAAUACUAAUAAUACAACAUUAGUACCAAUAUGUGAAGAAGAAAAUUCACUUCCAAUACAACAACAAAAUAGAUUAAAAUUAACAUCUGAUAAUAGUGAUCAAAUGAGUUCAAAUCAAUCGGAUACUGGAACAUUAACACAUGAAUUUAUACAAAAGCCUGUAUCUAGCCUGAAUGCAUCAUUAUCGUCACUUUCGGGUGCUUCAUCAACAUCAAAUAAAUAUAAAAAUGAUAAUAAUCACCUUCAACAACAAGAGGACUCAAUAAUAGCAUCGAAAUCAUCAUCAUUAUCCGUUACAUCAAGUACUGAUAAAGCACUUUCUGUUGUUACUAAUUAUAAUAGUAAUAAUAAACAAUAUGUGACUAAUUCGAUUAGUUUACAUGAAGAUGUUAAUUAUUUAACAAAUAAUCAUCAUUUAUCUACAUCAAAUACAAAUAAUAAUAAUAAUAAUAAUAACAAAGAACGAACAGCUAUUCAUCAGACAAUGUCAUUGAAAGUCGAUGGUGAAAAUACAAAUAUAAAUCAACAAAUAACAAAAGUUAAAAUGCGUGAUCAUAGUGCUAAAAAGAAAAAAGGUUUACGUGAACUUAAAUCACGUAUAUCAUUACCACCUGAAUUAAAAAGUGGUUAUAUACAACCUACAAAUAAUAAUAAUAAUAAAAAUAAUAAUAAUAAUAAUGAUAAUACUAUUAAUUAUGAAGCAACUGGAUCAAAUAAUAUUCGCUUAAAAUUAGCACAAAGUUCAUCAUAUUAUCAAACAACUUCAUCAUCAAUUCACACACUUAAUGAUGUUUUAAAUCAAUCAAAUAUAUCAUCAUCAUCACGUUUAUCACCACAAUUUACUUUAAAUACAGGUGGACCAUUAAGUCGAAAUGAACAUCGACUUUCAAUGCUUGAUCUUGGUUUUGGUAAAAUUGAAUCUUAUGUCAAAUUAGAAAAAUUAGGAGAAGGUACUUAUGCAACAGUUUAUAAAGGAACAUCGAGUUUGCUUAGUGGUUAUAUUGCAUUGAAAGAAAUUCGACUUGAACAAGAAGAAGGUGCACCAUGCACAGCAUUACGUGAAGUAAGCUUAUUAAAAGGUCUUAAACAUAAUAAUAUUGUUAGUUUAUAUGAUAUUAUAUUUGAUAAAACAACAUUAACACUUGUAUUUGAAUAUGUUGAAAAAGAUUUAAAACAAUAUAUGGAUGAUUGUGGAAAUCUUCUUCAUAUGAAAAACGUUUGUUUAUUUUUAUUUCAACUUUUACGUGGUCUUGAAUAUUGUCAUGCAAGAAAAAUUCUUCAUCGUGAUUUAAAACCACAAAAUUUAUUAAUUAAUGAACGUGGUGAAUUAAAAUUAGCUGAUUUUGGUCUUGCACGUAUUAAAUCAUUUCCAACAAAAACGUAUUCAAAUGAAGUUGUUACAUUAUGGUAUAGACCACCAGAUGUUCUACUUGGUAGUACAGAAUAUUCAACACCAAUUGAUAUAUGGGCUGUUGGUUGUAUUUUUUAUGAAAUGGCAUGUGGUCGACCAUUAUUUGCUGGUGCAAAAGUUGAAGAAGAAUUACAUUUAAUAUUUAAAUAUCUUGGUACACCAACUGAACGUACAUUACCCGGUGUGACAUCAAAUAUUGAUUUUCAAGCAUUAAGAUUACCAUUUUAUUAUGGUGAACCAUUAUCUCGUGUGAUAUCACGACUUGAUCAAAAUGGUAUUGAUUUAUUAGAAAAAUUUUUACGUUAUAAUCCUAAUUCUCGAAUAUCGGCACGUGAUGCAAUGACGCAUAAAUUUUUUUCAUGUUAUCCACCAGAAAUACAUACAUUAGGACCAUUACAAUCAAUAUUAGAUUUAGAUGAAAUAUCAUUAACAAAAGAUCAUGGUUCUAAACUUAUUUCAUCAUCGCUUAUGAAAACGACUAUUUCAAAACGAUCGAGUGUUCAUCUGUGA